AACCCUCUUCAUCCAUUAAACCCUUUCAUAUCUUCCAAAAUUCGUAAUUCUUUUUUAUCAGUAAUUCAAGAAAACAGCAAAUCCAUGGCAGUCAUAUUUUCCUCUUCUAACAUGAUUGUCCAGAUCAGAAAUCAUUCAUCUGCAUCUCCGCCAUCGGUGAAAGCUUUUGCUUCUUCAAAAGGGGGUUUUGUAAACCCUAUCAACUUCAAAUUUCCUUCAAAUUUCACGCAUAAUCCAUCUUCUUUUGCAAUCAAAGCUUACCAGGAUGAAUCGAAACUCGAACCCAAGAGAAGCAUAUCAACACCAAGUAAACCUAAACUUGCCAAUUUCAAGGAACCAAUUCCCGAAAAACAAUCCUUAACAUUUGUCGAUUCAAAGCAAUCUCCAAAAGAAAGAACAGCCACACAAACAUCAUUGGACUAUCAACUAGUUCUCAAGUAUCCACUUGUUACCGAAGCCGCAAUACAAAAAAUCAUAAAAGAAAAUACUUUAGUUUUUAUGGUGGAUGUUCGUGCUAACAAAAAAGAUAUUAGAAACGCGUUUGAAAAUAUGCUUAAGAUCAAGACAAAGAAAAUCAACACGCUCAUCAACUAUGAUGGGACUAAAAAAGCUUUCAUACAGUUGUCGCCUGAGAAUCAGGCGACAACUGUUGCUAAGAAAAUGAAAAUCUUAGCUUAGAUUUUGAUUUUGUCGAGGAUUUUAAUUUUAAUGUUGUAUAUAACCAAGGGAAGCAAAGAUAUGAAGAUGAAAAUGAAAAUGAGAAGCAUGUAGGUUGAC